GCGCUCGUGUACCGGCGCAACUUCGAGCAGCGCGUGCUGGGCGCGGGCCGGUUCCCGCGCGCCGAGGUGGCGCUGGUGGUGCAGGUGCACGCACGGGCCGAGCACCUGCGCUUGCUGCUGAGCUCGCUGCGGCGUGCACGGGGCGUGGAGCGCGCGCUGCUGGUGCUGAGCCACGACGUGUGGUCGGCUGAGCUGGAGGCGCUGGCGCGCGCUGUGGACUUCUGCGCCGUGCUGCAGGUCUUCUUCCCCUUCAGCCUGCAGCUCUACCCCCGCGAGUUCCCGGGCCGCGACCCCCGCGACUGCCCCCGCGACCUGGGCGUGGCUGCCGCUCGCCGCACCGGCUGCCUCAACGCCGCCUUCCCAGAUGCCUUUGGCCACUACCGCGAGGCGCCCUUCGCCCAGGCCAAGCACCACUGGUGGUGGAAGCUGCACUUCCUGUGGGGCCGCGUGCGCGCCCUGCGCGACCUGCCUGGCCCCAUCGUCUUCUUGGAGGAGGACCACUAUGUGGCGCCCGACUUCUUGCACGUGCUGGCCCACCUGCAGGGCCUGCAGCAACGCCACUGCCCUGACUGCCAGGUGCUGGCGCUGGGCAGCUACGGGCUUCCAGGUCGGCACCGCAGCGGUGGGGGGGAGGGCGAGGCGGCGGCGUUCGCGGGCCGUGCCGACAAGGUGGAGCUGAAGACAUGGCGCUCCACGGAGCACAACAUGGGCAUGGCCUUUGGGCGGGACACCUACCAGCAGCUGCGGGCCUGCGCCGACGCCUUCUGCACCUACGAUGACUACAACUGGGACUGGACGCUGCAGCACCUGACCGUGGCCUGCCUGCCACGCUUCUGGAAGGUGCUGGUGCCCGAGGUGCCCCGCGUCUUCCACACCGGCAACGACUGCGGCAUGCACCACAAGCAGACCUGCCGGCCCGGCGCCCUGGUCGCCAAGGUGGAUGCCCUGCUGGACGCCAACCGGCAGCACCUCUUCCCCGACACCAUGAGUAUCAGCAAGCGCUACCCGCUGGCCCCUGUUGCCCCCCAUGUCAAGAACGGCGGCUGGGGAGACAUCCGCGACCACGAGCUCUGCAAGAGCUACCACAAGUUACAGUGAGCUGUCAGGCCAGGGGCCCCCUUGCCUCUCCCCUCUUCCUCCUCCCCCUGAGCGGGUCGGACGCUGGAGUGGGUCAGCGCAUUCAUGACCUGGUUUCUGCUUUAAGAAUGAAUAAAUGCCCGUGGCAAAGGUGCCCCAGAACUGUCCUUUGUCACAGGGAGGUGGGGAGACAUGGCAAGGCAGGGCGGGACCUAGUCUUGGGUUGCGCUCCUGGUGUGCAACCCGCACCCAGGUGCGAAAAGCAACUGUUGUUGUGCGUUUACUGAAAACAAAAUCAGCUGUCAGUGCGCAUCUUAACUCGGGCCAGGUUUGUCCUUCCCUGGCCCCGUGCAGACAGUCAUUGAAAAUGAACCAGACCUAUCACUUUUACAGUACAGCAGCAGCAAGGGUGAGAGUUGAGCGGGGCUGAUCCCUAGACAGUUUGCGAAGGGACCGUCCUGUGUUGCUUUAAACCCUGAGUGCUGCCAUGUUCAGAGGGAGAGAGAGCAGGACAGUUGCUCCAAAUUCCACAGUCUCGUCUCAUUUUUAGGCUUGCUUGAGACCUGGAACCUUCGUCCCUGCGAAGGUGUUCUGUUUUAUUUGCUGUGUAUUUGAUUAUUACACACAGAAAAUUAUUGGUUUUGUUCAUUGUAGAUUUUUUUUUUUUCUUUUUUUUAGUUCUGCCAAAAUAAAAAUCACUUUUUUGGGGGGGGGGGUAAAACUGCCAGUCCUUGAUUCUGGGAAAUGUUGAGUUUUAUUGUUGUAUUUUCUUGCUAUGACAAAAUAAAUUCUGUUCUUCUUAUACAAAGAA